AGAGGAAACUGUGUUGAAAGGCUGCUCUCCUUCCUCUUCUCUCUUGUCUCUGCUUCCAGUUGGGCAACUCAUCUCGUGUUUUUCAGGGUUUGCCUCAGUUCCUGUUCAUUAGAAGUUGAAAGACGGAUUCAGUGUUGAAAAUGCACUGCGGAGAGGAACAGAUUACUAUGUCCUGUAACGGCCUCGACACUCAAGGUUGAACUGUUUUUAUUUUUUUGAAUCUGAUUAUCCACAGCGAAGUUUUAUUUAAAGGAAAAGGAUGCCUGUUUUCUUUGUUUUGUGCACGCUGGUUGUCAUCUCAACCCUGUGCAAAGGACACUUUCAGCCGUGCAGAGUUUUCCCCACUGACCUGUUUGUUGAAGUGGGAUCCAGUGUUUGGUUUGUCUGCAGCUGUGACUCAGUCAGGAAUGGCAAAUUCUCUUGGACUCUGAACAGAAAAUCUGUAGAUGAAAAGCUGUCAAAAAGGAUCAACUCCACACACAGCAUGCUGUCACUGACAAACCUCAUCCACUCAAAUGCAACAGUCGAGUGUCACAACCCAGAAACCAAACAGAUCCUGGCAGGCACCAUCGUCAGAACGUAUUCUAAACCCCAAAACAUUUCAUGCUACCUGCAUUAUGAAAAUCCUACAGAUGAUGGUGUUCCUCAGCUCUUCACAUGCACAUGGGAGCACCAGACUCAUAACUCAAAGACCAUAAACUAUACAGUAAAUAUCGAAUCAGCAGAUGUUUUCUCGUGCAUCUCCUCUGUCAAAUCCUGCACCGUCAAUGUUUUCAGUCAUUUAUCUUUAUCCCGCAAUAUCGCUGUGACUGUUAAAGCUGAAACUGCUUCAUGGACAUCGCGUUCUGACUCUUAUGAAGUUAACCCUUUCAGUAUUUUGAAAAUGAACCAACCUGUGGUGACCACAUCGGCCUUCUCUGACCAUCUCCUCGUAUCCUGGAAUAACGUCUUGGACUCUUUUGAUUUCUCCUGUCAAGUCAAAUACAACAAGACUUUUUCUCCAACUGUUGAAUCUUCAAAGAUUAUAAACUGUUGGAGUUGUUUCAACGCCACCAUUGAAGACGUGGAAUCCUGCACUUUUUACAACAUUUCAGUUCGAUGCGCAGUAACGGAGCCCACCUGGAGCGACUGGAGCCCAGAAGAGACGGUUCUGACCAAAGUAAAACAGCGUCACGCGGAGCUGCUUUCAUGGAGAAAGGUUUCUGAGCUGGAGAAUUAUAAACGAAUAGUUCAUGUCAUGUGGACAUUAUCUCAGCAGGGUAUUCCCCUAAAAUGUAUGGACACAGUUAAGUUCGACAUCCAGCAGACGGCCUAUGGAGAAAACACAGCAGAAGGGAAUUCUACGGCAUGUUUGAGCUCACCUUGUGACAUUGAAGUGGAUGAACAUGCACACCAAAUCCAUCUACGGGCUGUCCAAGAUGAAAAUGUGAUUGUUCAGGACUCCAUAUACGUCCCAGCCGUCUCAGAGAGCCUCCCACGAGUUACUGACAUCCAAACCUCAAGCGAUAAGGGCGUAAUUCUGGUCAGUUGGACAGCGCCCAAAGAGCCUGUUCGCAGCUACAUGAUUGACUGGACCCACAAUGGAAAUCAAUACGAGUGGGCAGAGAGCAAAAAUACUAAUGCAACGUUAUUGGACCUCCAGGAUAGAAAGCAAUAUAAUAUCACAGUCACCCCCCUCCUGCUUGAUGGCAGGACAGGCCGCUCCACACAAGCUCUUCAAAUAUGCUCCGGGUUUGGAGCUCCUGGAAGGAUUACUGUCAGCGAUGUUGAACCUUAUGACACAAGUGCCUUUGUGAGCUGGGACACAAAGCCUGAGGAUGUUUGCAGUGAUGCUGUUGUCAAGUACACCGUCUUUUACAGGAAUCAGUCUACAAAAACACUUCAAAAUGUAACUGUGGAUGGAGAAAAACUCUACGUCUCCCUGAAAGAUCUGACUCCAGCCACUCAGUACAGCGUCUAUGUGGAAGGCGCAGCUGAAAGCGGACAAACUAGGAGUGAAGAAAGCUUCUUUACAACGAAAAGAUUUGAUCCCCGGCUUUUAACCAGAGCUAUUGUGUGUGGAAUAAUCAUUUUGAUUCUUUUAUUGUCAUUUGGAUUGUUCUGUGUCAUCAUGUGGAAGAAAGUUAAAGAGAAGCCCGUGCCGGACCCAGCUGUCAGUUCAGUGGCAGAAUGGCUCUUGCAGAGCAAUCAAAAGGGCAAUUACCACUUCCAGCAAUUCUUUGUUCCAUUUGAAAGCUAUUGUGACAAAAUCCACAUCCAGGAAUUCCUCAGUACGUUGACUCCAUCCGGUAACAUAGAUCCGCAGAUGAACCAGGGACAAGAAAGCCUUAAAACAUCAAUCUCUUUAAUGCCAGAUGUUCUUGGAGAAAAGCCUGUUGCACUUACUGAGACUCAGCAUCUGCCUUUUCAUGAGGACUCCACGUCAUUGCUUUCCUCUGAAAGCUGCUCCGUCAAUCCUUACCGGUGUCAGACAACCACAGAUACUCUUGUGCCAAGAAAAGCAAUCCAGUGUAAGCAUGAGUCAAACCAGCAGCACGAAAGGUUUUCACCAAAGUCUGUUUAUGUCAGUCUUCAUUUGUUUGAACAAACUGGUUUGUUAGAGUCGGGGAAAGACAAUUUCGAGUGAAACUGUGAGGAAAGCUGAAAGGCUUCCUCCAAAACAUUAAGCUAUAUAAUUAACAUUGCAGGCUGAAAACCUCAUGAGCUUCUGUGAAUUAGCAGGUUUUGCUUCUGCAUGCCCUUUGCACAAACUUAUUUAUUAAAAAACAGUGUAAAUAAUCUGCAUUAUAAUUGAAAAAAUACUACCAUCUCUUCAACAAACAGGGUGGGUUUACUUGGUUUUUCAAUAUAUGUCCCUAAACAUUAGGCUUUUGAAACAUUGUUUGCAAGAUCAGGAAGUAGAGGCUAAAACCAGUAAAAGAAAAGUUGUGUAACUAUGUUUCACACUCUGUAUUGUGAGAUGUUAUUGCUUUGAGGUAUUGAUGUAAAUAUGAUGUUAGAUUCUCCUUUGCUUAUUGUAAAGCGCUUUUUACCAUUUAUCAAGUGUAACAAGAAGAGCUGAGAACACAUACAUGAAGCUUUUCAAUAAACAUGUUAUUAUAAGAA